AUGGUUUGGGUCCAUAGUGGUUUUUUACAAUUUGGCAGUGGUCACGAAGAAGGUUUGCGUCCAAGCGGUGGUUUGGCUAGCCACCUGAAUGUGGUUUUCGUCUCCUUCAACUUCCGACUACACGCCUUCGGGUACUUGGCUUUGGAAGCUCUAGCAACUGGCCUGGAACAAGACAGCCGUGGCAAUUAUGGCACUUGGGAUCAACUGCUACUGAUGGAAUGGGUUCAGCAAAAUAUACACAGCUUUGGAGGAGAUCCUAAUAAAGUUACAGCUUUCGGUCCGGACGGAGGGGCAGCCUCCAUCUUGUCCCUGAUGGGUCGGAACGCUCCAUUCCGUAGCGCCUGGCUCUUGGGGCCCGCGCUGCUUUCGAAGCGCACUUUCUUGGAUGCCUCGCAGCACAGCGGAAGCCACUUCUCGGAGAAGAGCGGCUGCGGGCCCGAUACCAGCUGCCUAAGAAACCUGUCACCCAAAGAAGUCAUUAGCUCCUACAUCUGGAAUGAUGACCCCACCUUCCGGAUCCGAGAUCAGAAUGAUUUGCCGAUUCAAGGGAUAUUACCAGAGCAACUCAUGGUUGUUGACGGAGAGAUUCUGCCAUUUUCUCCAAUAGAAGCGGCUCUACACAAAAACAUCAAGGACAUUCCAUUGCUGAUAGGUACAAGUGCUCAAGCUGUCGAUUUUUGGCCUGGACCCGAUGAUCUUCAUUCAUGGACGUGGACACAGUAUCGGAAAUACGUUACCACAAGUUUAGAUAGUUUUGAUCCACAGGCCAAUGGACUUGUUCGAGUGUCCAACUAUCCCGGCAUCUAUAGCAGUCAUUUAUGGGAGGCUGUUGCUUUUUUCAACCAACUCCAUCGGUAUAUUGAGUUUCCCUCCGAUGAAGAUUUUGCAUUUAGAGACACUGUCCAACGCACAGUAUUGGAAUUUGUAAAGACAGCGGGAAAUCAAGUGAAACCGGAAGAAUGGUUGACGUACCCCAGUUCUGUUGCAUUGCUCAACUCAAACAUCACGCUAGUCACUUCUUACCACAAGACAAAGUGCAAGUUUUGGUCUUCACAUGGGCUCACGGAUUACGCUUGGGUUAGCUGA